GUUGUUUUAAGAUUUUUGAGAUUGUAGAGCUGUUCACAAGAUUUAUGAAGUAAAACAAUUUUAUUUUUCGUAGCAGCAUUUGAAAGAUAUUUUUUUAGAGGGUCUGCGAGUAUAUCUAUGAGUUACAUUGUGGAAAUUUGAACACAAGAUGGACAGUGAAGUUUAGUGAGAAGAAAGAGGUAUUGAAUGUUGGAAUGUUGUGAUUCAUUCAUUUUAAAUAAUAGAUGAGUGAGGAGAAAGUUAUUGAGAGUUUGGUGACUGUUUCUUGGUGAAUGAAGUAUUUAUUGCAACUCUUCAAUCUAUGCUAACUUGCUAACAUUGAGUUAUUUGAAGACUAGAAAGGUAUUGUUUCAAUCUAUUUUUUUCCCUUUUUUCCCUUUUUUUUUCCAGUCAAUUGAUGUUUCAAGGUAUCACAUGCAGAAGUUUGCUAUUUAACAGAGCUUUGCAGGGGUUCUAGAUCAUCGUUUUUGUAGAGGAUAGCUGUUAAUUAUAUUUUUAUUUGAUGGUGUAUCAAACAAAGCAUUUAUCUUGAUAAGAGAAGGGUCGUUAUGACAAUUGCCUGAUUGGACAAACUGAAUCAGUAUCAGUUCUCAAAUCAAAAGAAUCACACUUCAGAACUUUGUCAACUUUACUGUUGUUUUUGUGUUGAACACGCUAGAGCCGAGUAGUUUUCAUAAAAAGAGCCUUCAGUACAGGUUAGUAUCUGACGCCAAUCAAAUCAUCUUCCAAACUUUUGUCAUGUGCUCGGAUUUUGUUGAGCAGUGGAUUGAACUUUUGAAUAGAUUUUUUUGGUUAAGUUAUAGUCGAUGGAUGCUAAUCAAUAGUUAUUUUGUCCUCUUUAUAUUUUCGAUAAUCAUGACCUAUUGCUAAUAAUUGGAUGUUUGGUGUGCGCGCGGGGGUGGGUUUUCCUAGUAUCAUAUUUGAAGUCGCAGGUUUUGGCAUGUCGAUAAAGCUAAUUCGUGACAGCUUGAUAAAAGUUCUAAAGAGAUGACUGUAUGUUUGAUGGGUCAAUUAAAGGUUGUAUUUGUUGAUGCUGGCUCAAGCUGCAACCAACUGAGUGUAAUCAACACAAACAAGUACCUCGGAAGACUAGCCACUAGGCAAUUUAAGUGUCCGCAUUAAAUUGUUAUUAUACUUGGACUAUGAAUUUUGCUGCACAUUACCAUACAUGUGAAUUUGACCAGACCUCUGAUAUUAUUCUAGUUACCAUCAAUCUAGAUAGAUGCAAAAUUUAUGUGUGCAGCUUCUAUCUGCUGUAUUGUUCUCCCCAAAGUUUCCUUUUCGCUUGUGCCCCCUCUCACUCUCUCUACUCUGUUCCAGAUCAGUUCAAGUUGUUGGUAACAGUCAUGUGCUGAUCCUGAGCAUCUGCUGAUUGGUUAAUAUCCUUAACAUGAAAUGCUAUAUAUGUCUUCUUUUAUUAGCUUAACUAAGCGAAACCUUGAAAAAUGCAUUCACCGCUGCGUCAAAUAUGCUGAUUUUACCACCCGCGGGUGGGACUCAUGGUCAGCAGCUCUCCAUGGAGGAGUGUAUCUCUCCAGGCUAUUGCCCGUUGUUGGUCAGGAGUUCGAAUCCUCGUAGCCGCAUUCACCUGGUUUCCCUUGGUUUAAGGAUGGGGACGGAAACCCGGGGUUUUAUUGGUCACCAAAUCCAGCUCGGCCCGUUGUAUGCUCACCAGUUCGCGUCCCAGUGGUCCCCACGCUGCUCGCCCGCGCUCUGCCCGUGGGGAUGAGCCCCUGGUAUUAAGGGUAGCUCCUUGUAUAUGUGAAGGGAACAAGGGGAAUCGAACCAGGGCCGCUGGCGGGGCUCCGAAGGAGUUAAACUGAGCUGGGGUGACCAAGUUUCCCUUGUCAUCAAAAAAAAAAAUAUGCUGAUUUUGCUUUACGUCCUGUAACCCAAAGCAAACUAUAGGAAAACAUAUGGCCAUGUCGCUCAAUCACCAUGAUGAUGUAAUCAUAACAAUCUCUUUGUGUAUUCCUGUCUUUGAACAAUGUGUUUGCUUCGUAGGUGUACCACUCUAGUUUUGUGGAUGAGGAAGGAAUGACCAAAGCUUGUGGGUGCCCUCUUCUUCCACUGAAAAGUCAUAUCAAGGGUCCUGCUCCAGAAUCUGAUCAAGAUAAAAUCGACAUUGUUGAUGAAGCUAUAUCUUUCUUUCGGGCCAAUGUCUUCUUUAGAAACUUUGACAUUAGAAGCUCAGCCGACAAGCUCCUUAUUUACUUGACAUUUUACAUCAACGUGGCCUUAAAGCGGCUUGAGGGUUGCCGAACAUUGGCAGUUGGAACAAAGGCAAUCAUCACUUUGGGCCUUGAGAAUAUCCCAGUGCCUGGAGAGACAGGCUUUCCUUUCCCUGGUCUCUUUUCCCUUCCUCAGUCUGAGGAAGAAGCUGAGUUAUUCAGGAGUUAUUUGAGGCAAAUCAGGGAAGAGACUAGCGGUAGAUUGUUGAAUUGUGCUUACCGACCUAAUGGAACUCCAAACAAAUGGUGGUUAGCAUUUGCAAAGAGGAAAUUCAUGAACAUCAUCGUUCCAGAGUCAUCGACCUCUCAUGGGAGGAAGCCUGGGUACCAUGGCAUGUUGUGAUCAACAUCAAGUUGCAUCUUAUCUUCGUUAAAAAGAUUUUACAGGAUACAUACAAAAUUUCAUUAAAAUGAUUGUAAUACUAGUGCUGUAUAUAACUUUUGGUGAAAGGAUGAUGUUAAUAAACUGGACCCCUUGUUGAAAAUAAGAUCAAGCCUUUAUACAAGUA